AUGAUAUUAUGGGAGGUAAUUUGGACAGAUUAUCGUACAAAAAAUUUCCAUAUAUUUUUCGCUGCUGCUGUGCUAUUAAUGCAAAGAGAUAAUAUAAUGAACAGGAAAUAUGAUGCAAAUAGUAUAUUAAAGCAUGUGAAUGAAUUAUCAAUGAAAAUUCCACUAGAAGCAUCCCUUAAUUAUGCUACAGCUUUACUGUCUCAGUUAGAACAAAUUUCCGAUUCUCUACCGAAAUCCGUACGGAAUAUUAUCCAUGGACAGUCGUUGGCGAUGUCUAGACAUGUCAGUGAAUCAAAACAGAAAGGAAUCAAUUGUCCAGAUCCAUCAUCUAUAUACGACUAUUCGCCGACACUAUUAAAUGAAGAAUUAGAGGUGCUGAUGGACAAUGAAAUGUAUGAUCCUAAUAAAGAUGUGACUAAUCAGUCUAUUCUAAUGAUUCCUUCUGAUACUAAUCGACAGUUUUUUCAGUGAUUUUAAUGAAUUAACUAACUUGAUUAUUAUGCGAAACCAAGUGCAUUAUGUUAUUGGAUAACAAGUCAUAAUGUUUGCAGUGUAUUAUUCUUUUCUUUAUAAUCAGACUCAUUAUUUAUUACAAAACUUAUGUAAUGUAUUUCACACAUCAUAUAUAUAUAUAAAUUCCCAUCAUGUAUUGACUAAAAUGAUUAUGUUUCAACACCUUGAUUACAAACUGAAUUGAAUAACUUGAGUUAUGUUUUGCGAAAUAUUAUAUUACUUCUUGUAUCAUUUUGAUUUUGCUUGAUUGUUUUUGUUACAAAGUCAGUCUUUCUAUUUGCCAAAAAGAAACGUAGUUUUCUGAACAUUUCUCUACUUAUCACAUUGAUAUUUGUAAGCAUACAU